AUGGCUCCCGGCGCCGCCCCUGCCGCGCAGCUUGCGUUCCUGGCCCUGCUCGGGACUCUGCUCCCAGGGCCUGGAGGUGCCAGAACAUCAAUACAUCCUUCAAAAGCCAUCAUACCCCGUGGAGGCUCCCUGAGGGUGAACUGCAGUAUCUCCUGUGACCAAAAGGCAACGUUUGGCCUAGAGACUGAAUUAACCAAGAAGGUGGUGAGCCAUGGGAACAACUGGAAGGUUUUUGAACUGAGUGAUGUGCAAGAAGACAUCAACCUGUUGUGCUACUCAAACUGUCGCAAUGAACAGACAAUAGCUACGAUGAACCUCACCGUAUACUGGAUCCCGGAGCGCGUGGAGCUGCCUCCCCUGCCCCUCUGGCAGCCUGUAGAUGAAGACCUCAACCUGAGCUGCCUGGUGUAUGGCGGGGCCCCCAGGGACCACCUCUCCGUGGUGCUGCUCCGAGGGGAGGAGGAGCUGGGCCGGCAGCCAGUGGGAAAGGGGGAGCCCGCCGAAGUCAUGUUCACGGUGCAGCCAAGAAGAGAGGACCAUAGCACCAAUUUCUCUUGCCGCUCAGAACUGGACCUGCGGUCGCAAGGGCUGGAACUCUUCCAGAACACCUCGGCCCCCAGGAAGCUCCAGACCUAUGUCCUGCCAUCAACCAAACCGCACCUUGAGGCCCCCCGGGUUGUGGAAGCAGGCUCACGGUGGCCGGUGAAGUGCACGCUGGAUGGACUAUUCCCAGCCUCGGAUGCUGAGGUCUACCUGGUGCUGGGGGACCAGAAACUGGAAUCCAAUCUCACGUACAAUGGUGACUCUGUCUCGGCUGAGGCCUGGCUGGAGGAAAAUGAGGAGGGCACCCAUUCCUUGAACUGUUCAGUGAAACUGGGAGAGAAGGAUCGGAGAACGCACAGCAACGUGACCAUCUACAGCUUCCCGGUUCCCACCCUGACCCUGAGCCCACCUGAGGUCUCAGAAUGGACUACUGUGACUGUGGAAUGCGUGACCCGUGAUGGAGCUGUGGUGAUGCUGAACGGAGUCUCAGCUGAGCCUCCGGGUCCAAGGGCCCAAGUGAAGCUGAAUGUCAGUGCCGAUGACCAUGGGAGCAACUUCUCCUGCUCUGCUGCCCUGAAGAUAGCUGGGCAGGUGGUCCACAAAAACCAGACCCGGGAGCUCCAUGUCCUGUAUGGCCCCCGACUAGACCAGCGGGAUUGCCUGGGAAAUUGGACGUGGCAGGAAGGCUCGGAGCAGACCUUGAAGUGCGAGGCCCGGGGGAACCCAAUCCCCAAGCUGAACUGUAGCCGGAAGGGGGACGGGGCCUCACUGCCCAUCGGGGACCUGAGGCCUGUCAAGUGGGAGGUGGCGGGCACCUACCUGUGUCGGGCCACCAGCGCUCGUGGUGAAGUCACCCGUGAAGUGGUCCUGAACGUGCUCCAUGGCCAGAAUAUCCCGGGUAUUGUCAUUCCGGUAGUAGCUGUGGCCCUCAUCUUGGGUGCUCUGAGCACUGCCGGUUACAUCUACAACUACCAGCGGAAGAUCCAGAUAUACGAGCUGCAAAAGGCCCGGAAGGCCCAAGAAGAGGCUGCCUUGAAACUGCAUGCACAAUCCACACCACCCUGA